GGAAACCGACGACUUCCUCGGGUUGAAAAUGAAUUGCAGCCUUUUUUUGCCAGUACUUUGUGACCUCUGAACUCUUGGGUUUGCCAGCUCUCCGCCAUAUUGGCUGUUGUCUUGGCUGGGGAAAGCAAGCAAGGCUGUCGGUUUAGGAGUUUACGAAUGUGUUGGAUUUUGCUCUAGUGAAAACGAUACCAACUGGACCGGAAGACACAGAGAACAUUUCCAACAUGGCCAGAAAAAAAAGCAAACAGCAGGGGUCCGGGAAUAAGGAACUGGGUGCAGGGCAGCAGAGCCUUGUGAAGAAUCCCAUCUCUCCCGCAGAUGCAUCUGGCGGCGGCGGCGGAGGAGGAGGAGCAGGAGAUACCGGAGCAGACAGGCUAGCCAAAUCGAACCAGCCUCUGCCAGUUGCAGCUGCCCAAUCUUUGCAGACCUGCUGUCUGUUGUGUCACCGAGAGCGCAAAGAGUGGGGAUCAAGUCCCAUAAAUGGGCCAUCUGGUGCAGGGCUCAAAUUGGGUGAUGCCUUCCCACAAGACUUUUUAGGAGACAUUCCAGGCAGGAAGCUGGCAGAUGCUGUUCUGGGUGAGGUUCCACUUUGGAUCUGUCAAAGUUGUCGAAAAAGUGUUGAAGAUGAGGAAAGAAGAGCAGCACAAGAGCAAGCACUAGCAGUAUCCUUGUCACACUCUACUUGCAAGACGCAAAACUGUGGGAAUGGAUAUCCAGAUCAUGUCAGUUCUGUAGAUUGGGACCCAAGCUCAUUCUUGUCGGCUCAUAAGUUGUCUGGCUUGUGGAACUCGACGCAUACCAAUGGUAGCACCUACUGCAACCAUGGAUCUACGACGCACACACAGCAGACUAGCACCAUGGGACCAUCAUGCCAUGAUAAAAGACCUCCUCAUGAGGCUCCAGGCAAAACGGCAAAGUCUCCUGGGACCAAAGUGUGCCCUUAUAGCCAUCCAGCAUCUCAGAAUUCUGGUACAGCAUCUCCUGGUUCUCCCAUCUCUACCUCUGCCGAUUUGUGUAAGAACACCCCCAAGCACUUCAAGACUAUGUGCCGCAGACCCACACCUCCUGGUGAAGCCUUUCAUUCUUCUGAGCACCAUCAGCACUCGGACCUAGCAGUGCCACCAAACAGUCCAACUGGUCUUUCUGCACAGCAUUCCGCUAUUCCUCUACCCAGGCAGAUGUCUAGUCAGCAUGUUCAUGUGACUUCUUCCCCUGGGAUGGGCACACAUGUUCCUUUUAACCCUUUGGUACCAAACCUCCAUGUGCCAGUAUCAAAGAUGGCAGCUGUGCCGGACACUCCUGCCUCCUCCAUACAUAAGCCUGGAACCUGCAAAAACACCCACAUUCCUACUGCAAAUACACCACACCCAAAAGUGCCACCCCCAACAACAGCGUGUAGUCAUCCAUGCAAUGGACAUAGUAAUGGCACUGUUGCACCUUCAAGUACAGCACAUUUACCUUCUGUUGCCUGCAGAGAUCAGACUUGCAAAAGUCACAAACUCGCAAACUGCACUUCGUGUCACCCACCCUGUGAGCUGGAGGAAGGGCUGGGCGAAGAUGAGGACUCCAGCUCUGAAAGAAGCUCUUGUGCUUCUUCAUCUAACAAUCAGAAGGAUGGGAAGUACUGCGACUGCUGCUAUUGCGAGUUCUUUGGCCAUAAUGCGCCACCUGCUGCCCCAACAAGUCGGAACUAUGCAGAAAUUAGAGAAAAGCUUAGAUCGCGGUUGACUCGGCGAAAAGAGGAGCUCCCCCAGCGGCAGGAUUCUGACUUGACUAUGCCUAGUGCCAUAGAUCAUAGAGAUGUGGAUGAACUGCUUGACUUCAUCAAUAGUACUGAGCCCAAGCCUGUUAAUAGUGCUAAGGCUGCCAAACGUGCACGCCACAAGCAAAAAAAGAAGGAAAAAGAGAAGGCUCAGCAGUGUAGCAUGGACCGCCAAAGGCCAGAUGUACGCUUACCUCCUCCUGGCCAGCAGUCUAAUGAAGCAGUUACUGGAGACAGUGAAAGUGAUAGGGUGCUUGAGUGGCCUCAGAGGGAGCUGGAGAGAGUCAACAGUUUUCUAACUAGUCGGCUUGAAGAAAUUAAAAAUACCAUUAAAGACUCAAUCAGGGCCUCUUUUAGCAUGUAUGACCUCAACUUGGAUGUAAAUGACUUUCCUAAGAAAGCGGCCACACUUGAUAGCAACCAUUUGCUGUCACAUAUUAAUGGUUCCUCUGACCAGCAGCAGAUCGACUUAGACCUUUCACCACUGACUCUAGGUAGCCUGAAAAAUCAUCUGGUCAAUGGCAGGGAGGACCCUGUUUCAGAAGACUGCAGUGCCAGUGAUGAUGUCCGGAGGCUGAAUGCCACCCCAAAUCUGUCCAAACUUAUUCGUGUACGUACACCAGAAAGGAACCGCAGUCCUACAAACUCUUCUCUCACAGCCUCAUCUUCAUCAUGCAUGAAGAACAAAGAUGACUGUUCUGACUCUAAAGAAACCAUAGUAACUGGAAACAGUGGGAAGCUGAAAAAGGGCAAAAAACAGCAGUCAUCAAAGGUCAACAAGUCUGUCCCAGGGAUGGAAAGUCAGAAAACUAAAGAUCAACUGUUCAAGGUUUCUGAAACAGGAUGCAGCUCAAAGCCUAACUUAAAAUCACAAGUCCAAUGCCUAGCAGCCCCUGUGGAGCUUCCAAGGAGCCCAGCAAUGGCAGUUAAGGGUUUAAAUGGCAGCUUGGACUCUAGUGGCUGCAGGCAGCUAGAAAGGAACUGUGCUGAGACUCGAGACGCAAAAGGAGGACCCAAGGGAGGUUGUGUACCAGAGAUGAAAUCUCAUAUUUCGACAGUUCAGGCCUGUCAGCAGUCUAAGAACAAGCUCAAAAAGAACAAAAAUAAGGUGGACAAGUCCAACAGCUCUAUAGAUGACGUGUUUCUCCCCAAAGAUAUGGAUGGGACCGAAAUGGAUGAAAUAGAUCGAGAAGUAGAAUAUUUCAAAAGAUUUUGCCUCGAUUCAGCUAAACAAACGCGGCAGAAAGUAGCUGUGAAUUGGUCCAACUUCAGCCUCAAGAAAGUUGCCUGAAAUGCAGCUCCUCGCGCACAAGACUAUUGGUACUCCUCUCUUCUAUAGAGUUCCUACGCAGUGACCUGAUUGAAGACAGACCUUCUGUCGGCACUUAAUUUGCCCUAAACAAGAGCUUCUACUCCACUUGUUUCCCACAUUUAACGUAUACACCGCCUUGAAACCUGGACAUGCUUGCCGGUUAUGGUUGAGCUUUAAGGACUUGAGUAUUUAUGGCCAGUUUCUUCACUAUUCUCUACAUUCAUGUUUUUCGUCCACCAGUUUGGUUAAUGGGAAUGCGAUGACUGACCUAGUAUUCAUUGGUGAAGCCUGUUCUUUGAUCAGUAGUUUACUGUUAUUGUUUAAAAUAUCUAAUUGACUGUCCUUCAGAGGUGGGAGCAGGAGCAUGCUAAUGCUCUUCAUUUUAAAGCUGAAUUCAUGUUUUUUUUAUCUUCUCAGUACAAAAUAUUGAAAAGACUGCUAUACUUGGGUGUUAAUAGUAUAGUUUUUCUAAUUUAUUUUUUCUUUUUGUUCCUAGUCUAUAAAAGACAGAAGCACACAUUCCUUAAAACUUUGUUUUUCCCAUGUUUCAGGCAUCAUUAUUUUGUGUUUUUUAUUCAGUCUAAUUUAAAACGUGAGUAUUUUUUAAAUUUAAAUAGUUUAGUUUUAUGGAAGAAAGAAAAUAUUUAGAAUAUUUUCUUGCCCAAUGAUGAUCCAUAAAUAGUUUUGUUUUGAAUAUGUUUUGCCAGGUGGAGGAGUCAUAAACACUUUUGUUCGGAUGGUUUCACUGGAACCAUCUUUUCUUGCUGUGACUUUAUAUCUGCAUCUGUGUGGAUUGCUUUUUAGUUUGGUUUCCACUUCUUUUAAGAAUAGGCUUACCUGCACAAAUACUUAGAAUAGUUCUGAUUUUAUGGAAUUUCAGCCUCCCUACCAAAUCAUGAUACAUUCUUGAUUAGCUACAUUUUAGUGUUAAAAGGCACUUCCUUGCUUCUUGUGCCAGGGCAUUUCUUUUCCUCCUUUACUUUUUCUUUUUCAGCACCUUUAAGUCUAUUUUAUUAGGAUGUGGGAACUGAAAAAGAAUAAAGAAUUAUUUUAAAAAUUCAAAAAUAAAAAUUUUAUUCAUUUGUAUUUUUAAAAAAGCAAUUUUUUCUGCUAGGAAACAUUACUUUGGAAAUUACCCCAUAAUAAUAAUUCAAGUACACAUCCAUGUUUUGGCAGGAACAUUUAAACAUUUUUAUCAGUUAGUACUUUUAAAGUUAGCAUUGCUUGUCUUCACUGACUUUUCUGUUUUUUUACACAAUUCUUUGCAUUUUUCCUUAGCUUGAACAGUACAGACAUGCCACCUAUUGUACUGCAUAUUGCAGCCUCAUAAACUUGUAGACAUACGGUGCUGUUCUCUCUUCAAUUUGCAUAGGACAUGCAGAUGUAUUCUCAUCUUCUUUUUUGUCCUGUGCUGCUAUUUAUACCACAGCUAUGUAAUGUCAGCGUUUUUGUCUGAAAACAAAGCUGUGGGUUUUUAUUUUCUUAUUUUUAUUUUUUCAAACUGACAGAGCUGUCCAGAAUGGUACGUAUUUCAGUUAGAUAUUGUGUACAGGCUUCUGCAUCUGCUCCUCUUUCUGACAUAGCUAUGAGAUGCCAGCCCAGGCUCCUCUUGACAGUUGUUUUCAGAGAACAGUGCUUACUGAUGCUUACGUGAAUGAAAUGGUGUACCUUUCUUGUUUUGUGUUUCAUAUUUUACAAAGUUUCUGGUGCUAUCCAGGUUAUAGUCAACUACAAGACGAUAUCUUAAGGUUUGGAAUGUAGAUUUAUACUGUACCAUUAAGAGCCAAGUGUAUGUUGGCUUCUCUGUUUUUUUAUUAUUAUUCACUUUUGAUACUGUGAAAAAUCUUUCAUUCUGAAAGAUUAAAAAAUACAGUUUUGACAAAAGCUAAA